GUGCUCAACUCGCUCACCACCACCACCACCACCACCACCUCCGCGCGGCGCCAUCCUCGCAAACCCGCAGCGCAGCCACUACAACAACUACAGCCCCCAUACAUACACUCCCAUCAUCACCACCACAACCACUCGCAGGUGCUGCCCACCUCGCACUCGGCGUGCACAUCCCAGACCCCCACGAUCUCUGGCGUCACUUGCCAUCACUGUACCAAUUUCCUUUACGCCACGUUAGGAAGUGCAGAGAGCGACCACCGUCAGCGACAGCGCUCUUCCUUUCCGAAGUACCGACACACAUGUACCCUUUCAUUAACGGGAGCCAGCAGCUGAGGCUAGACGGUCCAGCGAUGGGGGACUACGGGGGCAAUUGGCGCUACGGCGCGGCAACGGAUGGUAGGCGUGCAGGAUCCACUCCGACCAAGCGCACUCGUCGAGAUUACGAAGACGGGCUUCCAAGAACGGGUUACGGUGCAGGUAGAGAUCGCGACGUUGGCUAUCCUCGUGACAGAGUUUACGAGGACCAAAUGGGGCGCGCCGGGUGGAGAGAUGGAGACGGUUUGGGCGGCGGUGGGGACAUGAUGGGCUAUGGAGGAGGUCUGGGCGGCAACGAGCUGGGAAUGGGUCCGGGUCUUGGACCGCUGGUUGGCGGAGGGGGUCUGGGGCCGCUCGGGAUGGGAGGUCUUCCCGAUGAAUCUCAGCUGAUGGGAGGGCGCAUGGGACCCUUGGACGUGGGCAUGGGUGGGCGACCUGGCGCACUGGGGCUGAACGGUGGCGCUCCGGAGCCGGAUGUGUUACGUGGGGGCUUGGAUGUGCUGCCACCGGAUGCAUCGUCGACGCUGUUUGUGGACGGGCUACCCGAGGACUGCUCCCGCAGAGAAGCUGCACACAUCUUUCGACCAUUUAUUGGAUUUAAGGAAGUGCGGUUGGUUCACAAGGAUGCAAAGCGGGCGGAUGGAGGCAAGGUAGUAUUGUGCUUUGUGGAGUUCGCAGACGCAAGAUGCGCAGCAACUGCUCUAGAAGCAUUGCAAGGGUACAAGUUUGAUGAAACUGAUCACGAAUCAUAUGCCCUGCGGCUGACCUUCGCUCGGCAUCCAGGACCACGAGGCCCUGCUCGGGAUGACCCUUAUAGAGGUGGUGGCGGACGUGAUCGUGGGGAUGACUAUAACAAUCGAUCACGAGGCGGUGGUGGAGGCCGUCGAUAGAAGGAGAGAUACGUGAUUUGUCAGGUAACGGCUUACCAGGCAUACUUUUUCCUCCCAGGUUUGUUGUGUCCCGUCAUCAUAUUACAUAGGCGUAGGAUCUCAACGAAUCGUGCACUCAUUUUCCGGAGCCAUCGGUGAAGGUUUUGCAGUCCGAUUACCCCAAUCUCUUGACUGUGUUCCUGCACUCGUCCGCUUGUACUGGACUUUGCGGGUGUGCACAACUUUGUUCACGGAUUACUCGUAGCUGCCAGUUGCAUUAAGGGUCGUUGCACUGAUGGCUGCCGGAUCGCCGAUGUUUCUCUUUUACGAGGUUUCUUUUUCGAGUUUACUUGCUCGUGCUAAUCUCUUCACAGAAUGCAAUAGGGCAAUUAAUUCCUAUGUCGUGUAUAAAUCGCCCGAGAUUGGACUGAAGAAGUAGGCGGAAUGGUGACUUCUGGACCCUCGUACGUUCAGUGCGUGUGAUGUUCUCAUGUGAGAUGACGGCCCGAUGUGAAAUGCUGGCGUACUUGUUGGGAUCGUGUGUACACAAUCGACAACUUCGUUUGUUUGGUGCGACUGCUAAAGUGAUGAUUGUUUGAUAGUUUCAAGUGAAACGAAUGGCGUAAUGGCUGGUCUACGUUUAGACAACGGACGGUGUGAGAUGCGGAAGAGGACGAAUAUAUGUGCGUUUUUCGGAUGGGUUUGGUCAAGAGUGACUUGGCAUAUUUUUUUCGCGGGAUGGAGAUUCUCACGGGCAUGGCGAGAUUUGGAACGAUGAAGUAGGGCAAUAUCAGGGUCUUCUUUGGGCAGUUAUUGCGUCGUGUCUGAUAGUGAACUGUGCGCUCAUUGGACUAGCUUAGUUGUUUCAUCAUUUUAACUAUCUUUCGGGAGUAGGCUUGGUUCGGGAAGGUUUGGACAGCCUUACAGUAGUGUGGAUUAAUUUUGGACAGAUGGGAUGGUACUAUAAACGUAUCUGGCAACUUCCAGAUGUAGGUUGCGAGGUUUGUCGUUUCGGUAGGUGGCAUAUUCACGAUCAGCCAUGUCAACUAUCUAAUGAGGAACUUUUGCUUAAAGGUUUUCUGUUGGUGGAUGUUCUUCCAUUCGAUGGAUUAUUAUGAAUCCUUAGGAAUUUAUAGCUAUUUGUUUCGAGCUCGUUUGGAAAUCCAUCUAGGAAUCAUGAACACCGUGAUUUGGUUAGGCGGUCUGGUGGUACGUUAGUGGACUGGAACCCCAGGGUAAUAUUUAGUUGCAAUCUGUAAUCGAAUCUCAACUGCAUCACUAUUUAUUAUUCCACCUAGAUCUGCCGAGGAAAUGCGAUGAGGUAUUACUGCAAAUCAGUUCUGCGCUUCAAGCGCAUACAGCAUCUGCUGGUCUUGAUGCAUCGUCUUUCGUAACUAGGGUUUCUCAGUCGUGAUGACCCCUGCACGUGCUAUUUUGGUUCACUUUAAGUGUGCUAUAUAUCUAGCUUGUUUGACGAUGGAUGAUCGGUAAUACUGAAUUGUCUCACGGCCGCAAAAUCGUUAUUUGGAUUUAUAUCUGGGUAAGUAGAUGCCAUUUUUUUCGUCCCUUAUGCGGUAGAGGUUUGCUGCUGACCAUGAUUGUUUCAAAUGUUGGUUGUGCCUCUCUCAGAAAGACAUUCUUUUGCUCUUAUUUUAUUGUGUUUGCAGUUCAGUGUAGACACCGACUCAGAAAGGUUCUUGAUAGUUUAUGUAGGUGAAAUUAUUGUGCCCUAAGUUGGCUUAGGACGCUUGUAAAAUGCACACGGUCUGGAUCCCACAAAAUCUGUGGCGAACCCCCUUUGUAACGAUGAUGUUACACUGUGUAACUGUGUCAGCACUAGAUGAGCCCACUGGUGUUUUCUCUAUGUUUGAGCCAUAUUAGAAAUUGUUGAAGCUGCCCAGUGUUCACAUUAUCUGAA